AUGGCAAGGAUUAAGGUUCACGAGCUUAGAGAGAGAUCAAAGACAGAUCUCCAAAACCAGCUUCAGGAUUUCAAGGCUGAGCUCGCCCUCCUCCGUGUCGCUAAAGUUACCGGAGGUGCCCCUAACAAGCUCUCCAAAAUUAAGGUGGUGAGGAAAUCGAUUGCUCAGGUUCUGACAGUGAUCUCACAGAAGCAGAAACUAGCACUAAGAGAAGCGUACAAGAACAAGAAGUUUUUGCCUCUUGAUCUCCGUCCCAAGAAGACUCGUGCCAUCCGCAGACGUCUUACCAAACAUCAGUUGUCUUUGAAGACAGAGCGUGAGAAGAAGAAAGAGAUGUACUUCCCUCUGAGGAAGUAUGCUAUCAAAGUCUAGUUUCAUUCUUUAGCUUUCCUUACUAGAAAUGAAUGAUUCAACUUCUUUUUUGAUUAUUGGCUUAUGUAUUCUCUCCCUGUUUUUGUUCACCUUUUAUAUUUUUACUCAAAAUUUUGUUAUGGAACAGCCAAAUUUAUAUCACUCGAGUCGUUCUCAUAAACAGUGAACCAGUUCCCUGCUUUCUGGUGUUGAUUUUGAUUUUUGUCAUCAAUAUUCAGUUUAA